AUGGAGAGCUUCCCCUUAAUAACAGCCGUACUUCUGUGCCGCCUCAGCUGGAUCUCUGUCUCAGUGACUCAGACCGUGGAGGUCCAGCCUGGUGGAGAAGUCACACUGCUCUGCACCAAUAUUUCCAGCCAUCCAACCCAGACUGACUGGUUCAGACAGAUCAACAGAACCAAGCCCAGCUGCAUCUCCUCUAUCCACAGGGCUGAUACUGAAGUUUCAUUCUGUGAUGGAUUUCAAAAUGGAAAAUUUAAUAUGAGUUCCAACACCACCACUGUCUUUCUUAAAAUCAAGGAAGUAGAUUCAUCUGACUCUGGAUUGUAUUUUUGUGGAUUUUACAUAGAUAAACAUACAGUCAUGGUCGGUGCAGUAUAUGUAAACGUUCAAGGUAACGAUGAAUAUGUCGGUGAAGUGGAUUUGAAGACUAAAGAGGAGCCUGAUGAAAUGGCAAACCUAAUUCUGGGUGGUCUGGCUGUUUUCCUCAUUAUAGUCGUCAUUGUUCUGGCUGCUAGAAUCAAGAACCUUCAGAGAGAUGUAAAUGAAAAACUGAAUACGGAAAGAAGCAAGAAUGUGGGAUCUGAUGACCUGAACUGUGCAGAGCUGAGGUUCCUUCACAAGACAAUAAGAAGCAGGAGGCCCACAUCCGAGAGACAAUUGGAGACUCAUGUUGUUUAUGCUGCCUCCAGAUAGACUCAGAAAGACCCUGUGACUGUUGUUCAGAGUAGAACUGAUGCUUUAUCAUAGUCGAAGGCAAACAUUUUUAAAUAAAGUUCCUAUA